AUGUCAUCCUCCAUGGUCCCCGAUACCCGUGAAAAGGCCCCCGAUGAUUCAUCUAAGUUGAAAACAUUUCUUUCCAUCCUUCGAAAGUUUGUUGGCGUGGCCGAUAUUGCAUCUGUUCGAUUCUCACUUCCUGCUCAUCUUCUGGAACCGAUGCCUAACCUGGAAUAUUGGAACUAUCUGGAUCGGCCGGAGACCUUUGCAAGCAUUGGUAAAUCAGACAAUCCGCUAGGACGGAUGCUGGAGAUUUUGAGGUUUUGGUUUACGAAAGACCUGAAAUACAUUAAGGGCAAACCUUGCAAGCCAUAUAAUUCUACAUUGGGUGAAUUCUUUAGAUGCAGCUGGGAGAUUAAUGAUAUCCUACCGGAGGUGUUGGUGGCUUCCAAUCUAGAUGCAGCAAACGGGACAUCCGCUGUGACGGAUGACAAUGGAGAAGUGGUCAAAGUAUGUUAUUUAACCGAGCAAACAUCUCACCAUCCACCGGUAUCCGCUUUCUUCAUUGACUGCGUAGAAAGAGGUGUUUCAGCGCGCGGCUUUGAUCAGAUUAGUGCAAAAUUUACAGGCACGAGUAUUCGUGUGGCACCAGGGCAGCACAACUUGGGAAUUUUUGUCAACAUUGAAAAGAGAAACAAUGAGGAGUAUCAACUGACUCACCCCGCAGCUCAUUUGGGUGGUUUGUUAAGAGGUGCGCUGGCCAUCACUGUUUCAGAUACGUGCUACAUAACUUGUCCAAAAACAUGCAUCAAGGUAAUUUUGCAGUAUUUGGAGGAUGGAUGGAUCGGGCGAGCUCAGAAUAGGGUCGAGGGUGUGGUCUUUCGAUAUGAUCCUGACCGGGAUACUGCAACAAAAAUUAAAGACGUGUCGGAUGGAGACCUCCUUGCCAAAAUUAGCGGAUCCUGGCAUGGCGAAGUCUUUUACACGUUGGCUGGGACCAAUGAACCUCGACUUUUAAUUGACAUUACACCUCUUUCUCCGGUCCCAAAGACAGUACCCUCUAACGACAACCAACUCUCCAAUGAGUCUCGCAAAUUCUGGUCCAAGGUCACCGAGGCUAUUUUGGACAAGAAAUACGGUCAAGCCACCCGUUUCAAACAGGAAAUCGAAGAGCGGCAACGCCAGAAAGCUGCAGAGCGGCAGGCCAGAAAUGAAAUAUGGCAACCCCGCUUUUUUACUGGUGCCGUAACGCCGUUGGGCAAACCAGAAUUAACUGAAGAAGGGCGCAAGGCUCUGGAGGGACUUCACAUGGAGAACUACGAGUUAGAAGAAAGUGAAAGAAAAGGUGCUUAA